AGAUAUUUAUCUUACUUUAUAAAAAAAUAAAAAUCUGUACGAUAUAUAUUUUUUUAAAAAAGCCAUAAUAAAAGAAAAGAAAGAAACCCCUCCCCCCACCCCCCCAAAAAAAAAACAUGGGUCAACGGGUCAAAUUACAAAUGAAAGAUAAAGAAAAAGCACCAACAUCAGCUCUAUUCACGCAGCUCUAGCCUCUAUGCCUUUAUUCACACAAUGACAGAAACAUGGUCCUCCAUCUUCUUGACCGAUUUUUAAAAAAGAAAUGAGACAAACAAAGAGUAAAAAACAGAGGAUUUCAAGUGUCCUCUAUUUCUUUCACUUUGACACCUAAUCUGAUAAUUAGACACCCAUACCCAGUCAUUGCCAUUUGCUGCAGCAGCAGCAGCAAAACCAUAGGAGGGAAAAAAAUACAAGAAGGCUGAAACAAGAUGAACCAUCAUGAAGAAGACACUAAUAUCCAGAAUAUGGUACAAGACAUAUCCAGGACACUGAACGGUAUUUCAAACGCGACAGCAAAGAGGAAAGAUUUGUACCAUCUCUCUGCCAGAAUGAGUAAUCCAACCGAAACUCGCGGUCCAUUUGCUCCUAUAAUUGUUUCCAUCGGAUGUAGGGAUGGCUAUACAUCUCAUAUGGAAGAGCACAAAUGGGGAUACAUGAAAUCUCUCCUCUCUCGAACUCCAGGUCCAACUAACUUAACUGCCACGGCAGGGACACAAGAAAAUUUUCUGCUUAACGCCUUUGUAGUUGUAAUUAGAGGCCUUCAAAAUGACUUGGAUCUUUGGUUCGCUGAUUAUAAUGUUCGCGUAAGUAGAAUUAUAGAGCAUCUCCUUGUUGAUGGCUGCUUUAUUUUGGAACUCAUGAUACGGUACUAUACAGUUUUUAAGUUGCACCAGAGAUCAGAUUACCAGGAUCAUCCAUUGUUUAAAUCCGCAGAAGAUCAGAACGAGGAUCCUAUAUUUAAAUUUGACUGGAUACUGUCUGCAGUUCGCACUGAUGUGGCUCUCCUUGAGAAUCAGAUGCCUUUUAUAGUCCUGCAGAAGUUGUUUGAGGUGAUCACGGGCCGUGACAGUAACUUACCGCAUGACUUCUUGCUAGAUUUGGUUACCCACUUCUUCCAGCCUGUUCACCAACAAGCAGACCCUCCAGCACUUGUGAUGGCACCAACGUUACACCGAGCACAUCUCCUGAAUAUCAUACUAAACAUCUUCCGCCCUACGACAGAACCAGAAGCAUCAGCAGAUAUCAGUAGCAGCAGCAACAGAGUAUACCGCCUGCAAUCAACCCCUAGGAAAACGUUCUUGCAGAGUGCCACAUCACUUGCACAAGUUGGUGUGAAAUUGAUCCCAGGGUCUACAGGUAAUCUACUCGACAUCCAAUUUCCAGGACGCCAAGGGGCAUUUGAGAUCCCACCUCUGCACAUCACUGCAUGGACUGAAACAUAUUUUAGAAACCUCCUGGCCUUCGAGCGUUGCUGCCCUGAUCGGAAGCCAUAUGUGGCCUCAUACCUGUUCCUCAUGAACCGGCUUAUCAAUGAAACUGACGAUGUUCGUUUGCUAGAGAGACGCGGCAUCCUAGUAAAUGAUUUGGGCAGUGACAAGGACAUUCUAGAUAUGUUAAAGAACAUAGGUAGGCAGAUUGAUGUGCAAGAUCAGUUCCAUUAUCAAGAUAUAUGUGACUAUGUAGACUCCUCUUAUAAUACAAUGUGGAAUCAGUACAAAAAACAACUGCAAAACGAGUAUUUCAGAAGCCCUUGGGUUGUUGUCAGCAUUAAUGCUGCUGUGUUCGUGAUGGCAGUUACACUCAUACAAACCAUCUAUUUAAUCCUUAUCUACUAUAGAACGUCCCAUAUUGGCUAAUCUCAUAAAGUCAUAACUGGGUAAUGGGUAUUACGCUUUAACUCAUUUGUCAUUUCAAUGUGCUUUGCUAAUUUCUAUAUGUUUCACAUGUGAUUAGGCUAAGAUGUAUUCUUAGUUGAGUUGUGUUUCCUUGGUUGGAUCAAUUUUUCAUAUUUGCCAGUUCCUUCAUACUCGAUAUUGAUUCCUCUUACUGCUUUUAUAUAAAUCAGUUGUAAGAUGCUCUU